AUGUCUGAAUCAGAAACAGUACCAGUAGAUCGAGAAACAAAACUUGAAAACAUUGCCAAAAAGCGGGUUAGGCAUCGAAAGCGCCAAUUAUACGAAAACAUAUUAAAACAAAUGGAAUUUUACUUUAGUGAUGCUAACUUGAGCAAAGAUAGAUAUCUUAAUGAGUUAAUUAAAAAUGAUCCAUACGUAUCCGUUACCGAAUUCUUGAAAUUCAAUAAAAUACAAUCUAUGACACAAGAUGUCAAUGAUAUUGUAAAGGCUUUAACACAUUCCACGUUCUUGAAACUCUCUGAAGACAAAUUAAAGGUUAAGAGAAAAACACCAAUGGUACCUUAUGAUGCUGAUGCAAGGACUGUCUAUGUGGAAUCUAUACCAGUGAAAGCAACACAAGAAUGGUUAGAAAGGGUUUUCUCUGACUAUGGCCGUGUUGCAUACAUUUCAUUGCCAAAAUUCAAAAAUUCACAACAAAUAAAAGGCUUUGGUUUUAUAGAAUUUGAAAAACCACAAGAAGCCCAGAAAUGCAUUAAUGCAUUUACAAAAAUGGGCUGUAAGUUGCCCACAUGCAUGCCUCCCGAAGAACUUUCCUCCAUAAAAAUGUUCUCUGUGGACAAUCCGCCGGAAGACACCAAUGAAAUCAAGGAAGAAUAUGAACCACCAAAAAAGAGAAACAAGAAGGCAAAAGAUAAAAAGAAGAAUUUAGAACUCAAACUUGAUCAUGACUCUGAUACUGAGAAAAUAGUGGAGACACCUACACCUAGUGAAGAAAAGAAAAGUAUAACAACACCUACAGAGGAAUGUAAGAUAACAGAUGCUGAAUCCAAAGAUGAAAUGACUAGUCAAGAUGAAUCUAAGAAUGAACAAGAGUCACCUCGAAAGAAGAAGAAGGCAAAGAAGCGAAAGAAAAAGGAAGGUUCCAAAGAUAAAAACAAGUUGAAUAAAAGUGAGGUUCAGAAUGGUGCUUUAUGUGGCUUGCAAGUCCUGCCCAAGACGGAAUGGAAAGCACUCAGAAACAAAUACCUAAACUUACAAAGGAAAAAUAUGAAAGAAAUAAAAGCGAGGCUUUAUAAUAAGACGCAUGUGUAUUCAGCUAUACCAGCCACAGCCGCUCCAUCCCUGGAGCCUGAACCAGCAAUAAAAGCUCAAGAGAUGGAAAGCAGUAAAUCGGUAAUACCAUUGGAGAGAAUACCAGGAGUGUUUGUAGAGGAAGUAUUGCCUGAACCGUGUCUUGAUGUGAGGCUCACUAAAAGAACUAUUAAAAGUAACAUUCAUGUCCAACAUGUGGAAGUUAAAGAGGGACAAUCAGAGGUCAUCAUUCGCUUUGACUCAGCUAAAGCUGCAGAAGAAUACUGCACAAAUUCGAACAAUCGAGCGCGGGUGCUUUGCGGCACGGAGGAACAGGAGCAAUGGGCGCGUGCUGAGGCGAGCCGAGCCGCGGGGCGGGCGCGCGGAGCGGGAGGGAGGGGAAAAGGGGGAGGGGGAGGCCAGGCGGAAGCUGAAGUCGCCAGCUCGCCCGCACUCGCGCCCGCCUCCCCGCAGCCCACGCACACGCACAUACGCUUCGACGACUGA